GGCGUCUGUCCUUCCCGGCGUCUUGUCAAGCCUCAGCCGACGCCCGGUCUCUUGUCUCCCGCCUGUUGUCCCUUGAGCCACUGAUGCGCAUAGGCGCCUGCGGGGGUGUUGAGGAAGUCAUGCGGCACCCCUGGUUUGCGGGGAUUUGCUGGAACCCGAUCGACCGCCAGCGGAAGGCGAGUCCUCUUCUUGGAUUGCUGCGAGAAGCUAGGAAGGAAAGUCCUCCUCUUUCGACCGAGGACGUUCUGGAGGCAGCGCCAUUUACGUGCGAUAAAGGACGCUGGAAGCCUCAAGAACCUUGCGCUUCCUCCGCCUUUGACUGGACGAACCCGAUGCGACUUAGGGACUUAGCCGCCCGAACGACCGACUUCACAGUUGAAGGCAUGUGCGUGGGUGUACCGAGAGUGCCUCGUACUGCACGUGUUCCGGUUGCAGCACUCACACCUGCAGUAAGCGCCGCCACAGAAAUAACAUCUGAGAUUGCUUCUGAUGUGACUGGUUCUGAUCGUCAUCCCUUGGCACAGAGCCCGGCUGCAGCAGACAAGGCAGAUCUGACCCCUUUGGAUCCCAAUAGGCCUUGUGCCGGUUCGGCCGCGCAGCCUCAUCCUGGACGGAAGGCGCAUGAUUUCCCGCCUUCUUUGGAAAGAGAGAAUACACCUAUGGACAGGCGAGCUGCGCCUGUGCGUGACAAGGGAGAAGGCAGCAAUACCCCAAGCCCUGUAGGGCCAGGAAAUGCGGAUUAUACCACAGACAAAGGACGAGCAGAAGCGGGAAAGCAGGCAACAGCAGCCACUGCAGCUGCAGCUGCGAACAGUGAACCAACGCAAGUGAUUAUUGCACCAUUAAGCGCGGCGGGUGCACAGAAAUCUAGAGAGAUAGAAACGCCAGAGCGUUCAGCAGAACUGGUAUUAUCUGUCAGCGUGAGGAAGGAAAAGACGUGCUCCAAUUCUCUUCAAUCAACGGAGGCGGCAGACCUCUCUACCAUCAGUGCAGUUUUACCCUGUGGGACGAGGGACGCCGAGGAACCCCCACGGGUGACACCCGCCGCUUCACCAGGGAAGCUCGUUACAUGCGCACUGCGCUCUUUGCGAUCAGUAGGAGGCACGGGAAGGCCUUCGGCCCUGUCUUUAAGGGAUACGGGUGAGCCUACUGCCGGCAGAGGCAGCGUCAGCAGCCCUGGGUCGCUGGAGGCAGCUCCAAGUCCAGCAGCUUCUGUUACUCCUACCCGUGCAGAGAAGGGGCCUAAGCUACGGAAGUCCGCAGCCGUCCCUCGCAUAGCAUCCCUGGCGUCGCAGCGCGAGUGUGAGCGAGCCUCAGCGCGACAACCGACACCGCCCUUGGGUGCCCCUGCCGGCAGUCGAGGCAGGCUGGGGUACAGUUCGGCCUCACCCCAGAACUCGCCCAUUGUACGUGCACGCCCAGUGCCAGCAAAAGGAAGCCACGGUGUGGCGGUUACCAGCUCACCGGGGCCCUCUAGAGGACCCUCGCAUGCAGUGCACGCCGGGCGAAUCGACGUUCUCCCCCCUUUCCCAGGAACGGCAGCUGUCUCAGUGCGGGUGAAUGGCACACCCGUCCCCGGAUCUGGGCUGUCAGAUCGAAAGAAAUCCGGAGAAACAAAGCAGGUACCAAGGCAACUGCGGAACGCGUCUAUGCAGCCCGGGUCGACCGGGAGCAGGAAAAACUUGUCGGCGCAUGUGAAAUGA